GCCCCUGGGCGGGGCCCCGGCAGCCUUAGGGGCCCAGGUCGGCGGGAGGUAGGCCCCUCGGGAGGAGCAGGGCCCGGGCCCGCCCCCGGGGCAGGCGGGGUUGCCCCAGGGCUUCUCUCGGCCUCCGCUGCAGAACCGUCUGGCCGGGUGGGCACGGCCGCGGGUCCCUGUGUGCGUGGCGGGGGCCUGGGCGCCGCCCUCCCUGCUUCACCGGGCGAAGGCUGUGCCAGCGCUUUUGUCCGCCAACGUCCUUCAGCCCUCAGCCCUGAGGAGGGCUCCUCUGAAUCCUCCUGCUGGAUUCGCCGCUCAGGGCUCUGCUUUUGGGGGCUCCUGGAAGAUUAGGGAACUUCGAGGAAGAAGGAUAAGGACACAGACAGGCCCGGGGUGCACCACCCUGUGCCCAGGGCACCUCUGCGGACAGAAGGGCAGCUCCCUGCGGUGCCGAGAACCGAGUCCCCAUGGCCUGGCUGAGCAGAGCCCUGCGUGUGGCAGCCACAUGCCCUCCCCCGGUCCUGGGGCCCCGCGCGCUGACCGGCCGGGCAGGCCCCACCACCGAGAAGAGCGUGCCGUACCAGCGGACCCUGAAGGAGGCCCAGGGCCCCUCGGCGGUGGCCCAGGGCCCAAGCCGGCCCCUGCCCAGCACAGCCAAUGUGGUGGUCAUCGGCGGGGGCAGCUUGGGCUGCCAGACCCUGUACCACCUGGCCAAGCUGGGCGUGAGCGGGGCAGUGCUGCUGGAGCGGGAGCGGCUGACCUCCGGGACCACCUGGCACACGGCGGGCCUGCUGUGGCAGCUGAGGCCCAGCGAUGUGGAGGUGGAGCUUCUGGCGCACACGAGGCGUGUGGUGAGCCACGACCUGGAGGAGGAGACGGGGCUGCACACAGGCUGGAUCCAGAAUGGGGGCCUGUUCAUAGCAUCCAACCGGCAGCGUCUGGAUGAGUACAAGAGGCUCAUGUCGUUGGGCAAGGCGUACGGCGUGGAGUCCCAUGUGCUGAGCCCCGCAGAGACCAAGGCACUGUACCCGCUGAUGAACGUGGACGACCUGUAUGGGACCCUAUACGUGCCACACGACGGUACCAUGGACCCCGCCGGCACCUGUACCACCCUCGCCAGGGCUGCUGCAGCUCGGGGAGCACAGGUCAUCGAGAACUGCCCAGUGACCGGCAUCCGUGUGCGGACCGAUGACUUUGGAGUGCGGCGGGUCGCGGCUGUGGAGACAGAGCACGGCUCCAUCCAGACGCCCUGUGUGGUCAACUGUGCAGGGGUGUGGGCGAGCGCUGUGGGCCGGAUGGCUGGAGUCAAGGUCCCGCUGGUGGCCAUGCACCACGCCUACGUUGUCACCGAGCGCAUCGAGGGGAUCCAGAACAUGCCCAAUGUCCGCGACCAUGACGCCUCGGUCUACCUCCGCCUCCAGGGGGAUGCCUUGUCUGUGGGCGGCUAUGAGGCUAACCCAAUCUUCUGGGAGGAGGUGUCAGACAAGUUUGCCUUCGGCCUCUUCGACCUGGACUGGGACGUGUUCACCCAGCACAUCGAAGGUGCCAUCAACCGCGUCCCUGUGCUGGAGAAGACAGGGGUCAAGUCCACAGUCUGUGGUCCAGAGUCCUUCACACCGGAUCACAAGCCCCUGAUGGGGGAGGCACCUGAGCUCCGGGGAUUCUAUCUGGGCUGUGGUUUCAACAGUGCAGGAAUGAUGCUGGGCGGCGGCUGUGGGCAGGAGCUGGCCCACUGGAUCAUCCAGGGGCGCCCGGAGAAGGACAUGUACAGCUAUGACAUCAGGCGCUUCCACCACCUGCUCACGGACCACCGCCGCUGGAUUCGCGAGCGCAGCCACGAGUCCUAUGCCAAGAAUUACUCUGUCGUCUUCCCCCACGAUGAGCCCCUGGCAGGACGCAACAUGAGAACAGACCCCCUGCACGAGGAGCUACUCUCAAGAGGCUGCGUGUUCCAGGAGCGACAGGGCUGGGAGCGGCCGGGAUGGUUUACUCCCCAAGGCACAGCUCCGGUUCUGCAGUACGACUACUAUGGGGCCUACGGAAACCAGGCACACGAGGACUACACCUACGGCUGCCUGCUCGGGGACGAGUACACAUUCGACUUCCCGCCGCACCACGACGUGAUCAAGAAGGAGUGUCUGGCCUGUAGAGGAGCUGCUGCUGUGUUCAACAUGUCCUACUUCGGGAAGUUCUAUCUGGUGGGCUUGGAUGCGAGGAAGGCUGCCGACUGGCUCUUCUCUGCUGACGUCAGCCGACCCCCAGGCUCGACUGUGUACACCUGCAUGCUGAACCACAGGGGUGGCACGGAAAGUGACCUGACCGUCAGCCGCCUGGCCCCCAGCCCCCAGGCCUCCGCCCUGGCCCCUGCCUUUGAAGGGGACGGCUACUACCUGGCUGUGGGCGGGGCUGUGGCCCAGCACAACUGGUCUCACAUCAGCACAGUGCUGCAGGAUCAGAAGUUUCGGUGCCAGCUUAUCGACGGCUCUGAGGACCUGGGCAUGAUCAGCAUCCAGGGCCCCGCCAGCCGGACCAUUCUCCAGGAGGUGCUGGAUGCAGACCUGAGCAAUGAGGCUUUCCCUUUCUCCACCCACAAGCUGGUGAGAGCUGCCGGGCACCUGGUGCGGGCCAUGAGGCUCUCCUUCGUCGGGGAGCUGGGCUGGGAGCUGCAUGUGCCCAGGUCGGCCUGUGUGCCUGUGUACCAGGCUGUGAUGACCGCAGGCACCAAGCACGGCCUUGUCAACGCUGGGUACCGGGCCAUCGACUCCCUGAGCAUUGAGAAAGGCUACCGGCACUGGCAUGCUGACCUGCGCCCAGAUGACAGUCCCCUGGAGGCAGGCUUGGCCUUCACCUGCAAGCUCAAGUCAGCUGUCCCCUUCCUGGGGCGGGAGGCCCUGGAGAAACAGUGGGCCCACGGCCUCCCCCGGCGCCUGGUGUGCUUCACGGUGGAUGAAAAAGUGCCCAUGUUUGGCCUAGAGGCCAUCUGGAGGAACGGCCAGGUGGUAGGCCACAUCCGGAGAGCUGACUUUGGGUUCUUCAUUGACAAAACCCUUGCCUAUGGCUACAUCCGGGACCCCAGUGGCGGGCCGGUCUCGCUGGACUUUGUGAAGAGUGGGGACUAUGCUCUGGAGAGGAUGGGGGUGACCUACCCUGCCCAGGCUCACCUGAGGUCUCCCUUCGACCCUGACAACAAGAGGGUGAAGGGAAUCUACUGAUGUGCCCAUGGGGCGGAGUCUCAGCUGGCCGGGAGGUUGAGACCCACUCCGUCCCUUGCUGACCAUCCGCACGGGGCCCGGCACCCUGACCCGGGACCUGGACCCCAACCAGACCAUGGGCCCGCUAACCCCCCAAACAGGCACAAACCGAGUGGCCACAAGACCCAGAGGGCCCACCCCUCCCCCUCCCCCCUCCCCCCUCCCCCCAGAGCAAACCUGUAAGGCCUUGGGCGCAGGGAGCACGCAGGGAGCGCGGCGUGUGGCCUGCUACCAGCCUCUGAGAAGAUGCUCGGUCAACCCUUGGUGAGCCCAGGGUGGAUGCAGGGGGCAGAGAUUCACCUGCCGUCCCGGCCUUCCUGGCGGGCGGACUGCCUGGAGCGCCACCGGAGAGUUCCCAGGUGCAUCCAGAGCUGGCGACCGCGUGAGGCCCGACUGGUGCUGUCUGCCAUGAGCACAGUGUUGGAAGCAGGAGCAGACGUGCCAGCGUGGCUUGGUGGCUGCCGUCGGGCCGUGUCCCAGAUGCUGGCAGCCGGGACAAAUCUAGAAAGCAAGCUCUUCCUGCCUUGACCUGCUUUUCACAUGGGAAAGCCUUUUGACCAUCACAGGGGAGCAGAAGCCAGGGGUGGGAGGGGCAUCACUUGGGUGCCCUCCUCAGCCACAUAGGGCCCCACCCAGUGCCUUGAUUUCCCCAAGGGUGCCUCAUUCACUGGGCCUGUAAGGAGGGCGUGCUGCUGGCUAAGAACUUGACGGGAUCCUCA